UGACUUUAUUAAAAUGGCUUGUUCUGACCACGACCACGAGUAGGACUAUAAAUAGGCCCAGAGAUAAGCUCUGUCUGAGCUGCAGUGCAGCUCUUUAUUGCUAUGUGACGUUAGUAGUAAUAGUAAUAGUUAUAGUAUCAUUGUUGAUGCUUUUUAUGAGCAACUUUCCUGCAUUAUUUCAGUUAGUAAUUUGACGGGAGUGAGUCGCUUCACUUGCACUGGGCGCAAAGUGCAUGCUCACAGAGGACUGCAGAGGCGCAGUAAAGGUGAUAGCUCUGGUCCGCACUACUAGGUGGCGCUAACGCACCCUGACGCUGGUUGCAACCCGCCGUAAAGCCCAGGGAGGAGGAAGAAGACGCACACGUUAAGGGAGGGGGGGCGGUAGUUCACCAUGUCGCUGUUUGCCGACCGCCAGAACACAACGCGAAGAAGAACUAGUAGUCGUUUCUGAGAGAAGCCGGUACCGUGGCAGAGCACAGCCGACCAAAGUGAUUCUUCAGGCAGCCAGGAGGACCAGGAGCGGCGCCCCCCCCCCAUCUCCAACCGCACAUCUUAGCGCGUUAGAAUGGGAAACCUGCCGCUCUUCUCAGGGACUGCAGACGGUGUCAGUGGAGGGACAUUCAUAGUGCGGAGGAUCAGCAGCAGCAUAACUUAUUAUUACACUCCGUUCUCAGAGACAUUAUGUCCUGCCAAAGACUCUCAAACAGCCGCUGCUCUUUGUCCAGUCUCACCCCUAAGUGACUCCUCUGCGGAUCCUUCCACCUCUCCAUUGAUCUCAGAUUCACCUUCACACACACCUGCCUCCUCCCAAAACCAAUCAGAAUCUGCCUCCCCUCCCCGCCCCCUCCUUCUGUUCUUUUCCUGGCUCGGUGCCCAGCCAGGGGCAGUGGCCAAGUACAGGGACCUAUACCUGGACCGUGGCAUAGAUGUCCUCGUGGUCCGGAGCAAUGUAAUGCACUUCCUGUGGCCUCAAUGGGGGCUCGACUACGGGUUGGAGGUUUUGAAAGUUCUGGAGGAGCCUCAGUUCUCAGAGCGGGCGCUGCUGGUCCACGCCUCCUCCAUCGGUGGCUACACUUUCACCCAGAUGCUCGCCCACAUCAGCCAGGGGCCGAAAAAACACGCAGUGCUGGCCCAGAGGGUGAUAGGGCACAUCUAUGACAGCUUAGUGGCUGGCACUCUGGAGCACAUGGCGAUUGGCCUUGGCAAGACUCUGGUGCCACGUUUCGAGGGCUUUGUCAAAAACGCCGCCAUGCUUUACUUCUGGCUCUUCAAAACCCAUACAGCCGAUAUCUAUGACAGCAGCAUCCAGGUUUUCAACAACACCCCGAUUACUGCACCAGCCCUCUUUUUCUCCUGUGAAAACGAUCCCCUGUGCAACAUAGUUGUCGUUGAGAAUUGUAUGGACCAAUGGAGAAAGAGGGGUGUGACUGUGGAGAGCAAAAAGUGGAAGGAAUCGAUACAUGCAGCCCACAUGCGAUGCCACCCGGAAGACUACCUCUCUACCUUGGACAAAUUCUUGAACUCACUGCCUAAUUGCUCAGGCAAAGCAAAACUUUCAACUGAUGCAGGAGUAAAGGUUUAGUUUGACAGUCAACUGUAAGCUGCUUUAUUAUUUCAAAGAGAAUGCACUUAUUUUAUCUUUAUUAUUUUAUCUUGCAGCUUUAAUAGUAAUGUAAUUUAAGACAUUUGUUCUUUUUGAGCACCCUCAAUUGUAUGACUCUACUGUUGUUGAGAUUACAUUUGGAGUGAUAUGCAAUAUUUAAUAGAUGAUUGUGGAGGUUCAGUUAUGUGCUGCUUGCACAGGGAUGUUGAUACUGUUGUUACACUUGAUACCAGAGAUCUGGUUUCUGCACAUUAUGUGAAAUAAAACUGUUCCUAGCAGCA